AUGCCUUCCAUCUCCAAGAUUGCCGCCACGACUCUGGCCGUGACGUCGGCCCUACUCGUUGGCGCCCCGGGGGUCUCGGCCGCCGCCGUCCGUGCUGUCGAGCAGGAGCAGGUCAAUUUCUGUGAUUGGGACGCAGAAAAUGAGCUGGCCACCAAGCUGGCAAGAGAUGUCAACCAGGAUGUGCUUGACUUUAUAUUCAACGGUGGUCCGCCGGUGCCGAUUGAGCCGGCGCCGCCUGCGCAGUCAGCUGCGGCCGACGAUGGCCGCAUGCUAGAGGUUGGCGUCUACAUGCAUGUCGUGGACAAUCCCGAAGACAAGAACCUCACCAAGUUUCUUCUUGAUCGCUCUGACUUUGACCGGCAAAUCGGCGUCUUGAACGAGAAAUAUGCCCCGGUCAACAUCUCCUUCCACUUCCUCGACGCCGACUGGAAGCGGCACGAGUUCAAGGACAACGAGCCGAGCCCGUUGCGCCACCCGAUCACGAAGGAACUGCAGCAUGGCGACACCAAGACCCUGAACCUCUUCUGGAAAAAGGGCAACACGAACUGGGGCGGCUCAACGCUGACUUUCAACAAGAAUGGUGCCAGGACGGACGCUAUGUACGUUAACGCCGACACGGUGCUUGGCGGCUCCCAUCCCGUCUGGAACCUGGGCAUCACGGUCGUUCACGAGGUCGGACACUGGUUCGGUCUCGGCCACACCUCAAUGAUUCGACCUGGCGACUGCGAGUGGAAUUGGCAGAACAAGCCUGGCAUGAGCAACGAAACCUGUGGCUCUCAAUGCGACCACAACUACAUGAGUUACGGUGUCGAUGAAUGUCUGAGUGAGUUUACCCCUGCGCAGAUCUCGAGCAUGCGCAAAUACGCGAUCGAACAGCGUGGACUUUAG